AAUUACUCAAAUGCGCGUAGCUUAACUUCGUGUCUUACUUUAUGCUGAUUGGUUUUCUUCCAGUGCUUUAAUUGUCGUUGCUGCGCGUUCUCGAAUUUUAAAAUACUAAUGAUCUAGUUGAUUUUCACCUAUAUACCUCUUAAUGAGUCUUUAUUACGUGUAUACUAUGGAUGUUCCGUGGAUUGUUAUGGAGAUCCAUUUGGUGUUUCACUGAAAUCCUAGCAUAUUCCAUCGAACGGAUUUGAUUUCGCUGAAAUGCUUAUCACUUCAAAUCAACAUUUCAUCAAUAUCUAUACAUUAAUACUAUCCUUGUUCAUUUUCUUCAUUCACUACAAAUAUUUGUUUCAUAAUGUAAAUGCCGAAAAUUUGAAACCGACACCAUCAGCACAUCAACAGUAUGUUAAUUUCAUACAAAAACAACAAGACAAUAAAGAUAUUGACUCAUCAUUAUCAGAUAAUCAUUAUGUCGAUAAGUCAAAUUCACCACAAACAAUUAAUAAUAAUAUGGAUAAAUUCAAAUCAUGUAUAUGCUUCAAAUGGCCAAAUUGUCUUAGCAAUUGUACAAAUGAUCCUUUAUUGAAAUCGGUUGUACAAACAGAUUAUGGUUAUUUAUCAAAUGUACCAUUACCAUUCAUUAUAUUAUUUCCCUAUCAAGCAAGAAAAUCACGUAAUAAUCAUGAUACAUCUACAUUAGGAAGACAAGGUGGCUAUUUUCUAAAUACACGAUUUUGGCUUACAAUGUAUAACCAACAAAAAAUUGUGUUAAAAUUACAAAAAUCUCGAAUAUUUAGUCACGCCGGCAAUUAUUCCACCUUGUAUUAUCAAAAGAAAAACGAUGGACAUAUGUACGAAUUUGAAUCAGAUAAAUUAAAAAACUGCUAUUACACUGGUACAGUAGUGAAUCAAACAGAAGAUUACUUGAAUUUAGAUACUACUAAAUCUACUAAUUAUGUUGCUGUAAAUACAUGUUUUGGUUUGAAUGGUAUCAUUCAUUAUGCCAAUCAAACAUAUGGUAUACGUCCAUUGAAUUGUAAACAAUGUGAUUCAACAGCCAUUCCACAUUUACUAUUUCCACAUCGAUCAAAGUUGAUUAAUCGAGAUGUUCAAUUACCAGUAUUUUGGCGCCCUACAGAUAUUUUUAAUAUAAUGAACAGAAAACCUUUAGCAAAAGUUGAAGGACCUCGAAUUUACACUAUAAAUCUUGCUUUAACACUUGAUUAUCAUUUAUUUUCAUCGUUUGGUCAUAAUCUGGAACGUGGUAUUCAUUAUUUAAGCAAUGUGUUAAAUCAAGUUACUAAGUCAUUUCAACAUGUUCCUGUUGAAUUAUAUUUGAUUCAAUCAGAAAUAUGGACUUUAAAUGAUUUAAUUCAAUCAAAUAUUAGCAUUAAAACAACAUUAAAUAAUUUUGCUCAUUUCAUUAUUAAUCGUCGUAGAAAGUAUCAUUCAUCGACGUUUGUCAAAAAUAAUGUUGUGAAUAAAAGUGAUGUAGUAAUGAUGAAUCCUUCUAUUGGAAAUAAUACAUUUGGGCUUCAUCGUAUUCAUCGAAGAUCAAUUAAUACUAAUGAUGAUAUUCUUCGUAAAAUGUCUUCAUCCACCUCAUCGUCAUCUUUAAAUAAUCCAUCUUUGUAUACAAAACAUUUUGAUGUACAGUUAUUACUCACUGGGAAACGAUUUACUGAUCCAGUAGAAUAUAUAGCCAUACCAGAUAGUAUAUGUACACCAAGAGCUGUAGGAAUAAUCCAAGUCAACAAUACCGAUAUGGAUUAUCAUGUAUCCAGAUUGAUCUCUUUGGCUAUCGCGGAAAUUCUUGGCAUUAAAUCAUUUCCAUGUCCUCCAUUGUACAGUUGUUAUUCAUUCGAUCUGUUUUCUGACGGUGAUAAUUCACGUCUUCGACUUGCUUUAUCAUCGGGUAUGGCUGAUUGUUUACUACAAAAUAUUGCUGUAACAAAGGAUUCUAAAUCUUUUAUCGAUACAUGUGGUAAUGGACAAAUUGAUCGUGGUGAAGAAUGUGAUCCUGUUGUUCGUCGAAGUUUAAGCUAUUCUUCAAACUUUACUAAUCCAAUGUCUUGUUGUAAUUUGGAUACAUGUUUAGCUUCUGUAUGGGCUGUAUGUACACAUGGUCCAUGUUGUCAUCAAUGUCGUUUAAAACAAAAAGGUAGUGUAUGUCGUCCAGCGUUUGAUCAAUGUGAUCUACCGGAAUUUUGUACUGGUACCCAUCCAUCUUGUCCAUUAGAUUUAUAUUUGGAAAAUGGUUCUCCAUGUUUAACACAAUCACUAAUUGGUAUUGUAUCCGCAUCGUCAACAUCAUCGUCAGCCUUAUCCACUACAACUAUAACAACAACCACUAGUACUACUGUUGUACAGAAAAACAAUAAUUCAUCAUCACAGUUGAAUUAUUUAGUCGAAAAUCAUAAAUCAUUAUGCUAUCAAGGUCGUUGUCCAACACGUCAUAGUCAAUGUGAAAUGAUUUGGGGUGAACAAGCUACAGAGGCGUCUGAUUAUUGUUUUCAUUUACAUAAUACUAAAACUGAUGGAGCUUGUGGUGUACAAGGACAGCAUUGUACUAUUGAACAUGCAAAAUGUGGCCUUUUACAGUGUCAAGGUGGUAGACCUAGACCUGUUUCGUUGGAAGCACAAUCUGGUCAACCAUUUGUUACGUAUACAGAACAUCAAGGACGUCAGUUUGAAUGCAAAUAUCUGUCUCAUACAUCUAAAGUUCGAUUUGUCCCAGAAGGCGCAUCGUGUGCGCCUGAUCGUUAUUGUUUUCAUCAAGAAUGUGUACUACCACAUGUUGUUUUUCAGUCGAUUUGUCCAACUGGUCCAGUAAAUAAACAAUUAGAAAAUGGACAUAUCAUCUAUAAAAAUGUGACAUGUUCUGAUCAUGGUUUAUGUACAAAUGCUGGUUUCUGUUUAUGUCAUCCUGAAUGGACUGGUAAUGCUUGUGAAUUAGCAGUAGUUAUUACCAAUAAAUCGAAUACUAUUACAAAUGAUCGAAAUAAUAUUUUAUCGAAUUCCUCCGCCUCCUCCUCCUCCUCCUCAUCAUCAUCAUCAUCACCGUCGUCGUCAUUGGUUUCAAGUCAAUCAACUAUUAUGAAUAAUAUGAAUCCAUUGAAUUCAGAAGUUAUUCAUUGGAUAUGGGAUUAUUUAGAACAAAUGCAAAAAUCUCAUGGAAAUUCUCAAAAUUUUCAACUUAAACGCUUUAGUCAUAACAAUAAUAAUAAUGGUGAGAAUUAUAAAGCCCCAUUGAAUACAUUGUAUUUAGUUUGUAUACUUGGAGUUGUUGUUGGUGGUAUAUUUCUAUUUCUGGCAAUUUUUAUGUUUAUUUACAGACGACGGGGUCGAUCUAAUGUUUUCAACAAAUCUUAUUAUAAUAAUCACAAUCAUAGAAAGUUCUGUGCAUUUAGUAGAAAUGGUUGUCAGCGUCGUCGUUGCUGUAGAAUUAAUCAAAGAAAUAAUGAUCUAUUAUCACCAAGAUCUAUUAAACAUAAUGGUGGUUCAUUACGCUUAUUUAAUACUAUUGAUUCAAAUUCGACAGAAUGUCAAGAAUUACAAAGUUCCAUGUAUGAUCGAUCUACUGUCGGUGUUGGGGGUAGUAGUUGUAGUAGUCAUGAUAAAUCAGGUUAUGAUCGACAUAAUCGUCUACAUCAUGAUUAUUGUACUAUUAGUAGUAGUAAUAAUCAAAAUGGUGGUAACCAAGAUGAAGAAUGUUCACGACGUGUUCGUAGUCGAACUGGUAAUAGUCGUAAUAGAGAUUUAGAAUGUCAUAAUCAUCAUCGUCGUCAUCAUCAUCAUCAUUCAGAACAUAAUAAUGAAAGUAAACAUCGACGUAAACAACAUAAUCGUAAUGGUGGUAGUAGUAGUAGUAAUAGUCAUGGAAUAAAAGAUAAAGAGGAAUUAUCAAGAAAAAAGAAACUUGAUCGUAAGCAUAAAUCAUCUAGUCGAACUAGUGCACCUGGAAGUAGUGAUAUUAAACUAUUGGAUUCAAUUGAAGGACAAUAUGGAAUUAAUUUCUCUGAUACUGAAUUAACUUAUAAACAUUCAAAUAAUAAUAAUGAUGAUUAUCAUAAUCAUGAAGAGUUAAAUAAUAGUAUGGAUAGAAUAAUUAAAUUUGGCAGUAUGCCUUCAUAUAAAGAAGAUAAAAUAAAACAAUUGAAACGAACAGCUGAUACACUUCCUCCUUUUAAAUCAUUAAAAAAUGGACAAUCAAUGAGUACAAGUGAAAAUACUGUCUAUUUGACAGAUUCAACAGAUAUAACUGUUAAUUUACCAAAUUCUGACUUAAAUGUACCAAUUUGUGGUACAUAUACAUCUUCACUUAUUGAACCUCUUGUCGUUAAUAAUAAUAAUAAUAGUAAUAAACAUAAUAUUAAUCAAGCAUCUACAUUAUGUGGAUCAGUCAGUGUAACAUCACCGCCAAUAACAACAAUAACUGCUAUUACAUCAUUGAUAUCAUCAUCAUCUACUGUACCUCCGUUAUUUCCAUUCCAAUCAACUGCAUACUCGAAAUCGGUUUCACCUAUGACUUAUUUACCAACUGAUGAUUUAACUACUCAAACUACAAUAUCUAAUUCCAAUCAAAAUUCAUUAUUAUUACACAAUGUAACAACAGCUGCAUUAGUUGGUGCAGGUCGAGCUGGAGCUAAUGCUGCUGCGGCAGUGGCAGCGGCAGCCGCUGCAAACCCCACGGUAGCAGAAGUAACAACAACAACGACAGUCAUAUCUACUGGAACAUUAGAUGUUAUGUCGUCUAGUAAUAAUGAUAUGUUAAUUGAUACUUGUUCAACAACAGUUUCUCCAGUAGAUACUUCAAAAGAUGCAAUGAAUGAUACACAGUUUAACAUCAUAAUGGAGAAUUCAUGGCGUCAACCGGAGAAAGGUAUUUUAAAGAAUAAAAAUGAAGGCGGUAGUUACAAUGUGAAUAAUUCAUCGUCGAUCAACACUUCCACUAAUCGUCGACAUCAUAGAAGAUCUUCAUCAUCAAUUAAUCAUAAAAAACAUCAUCAUCAUCGUCAUAGAUCACCAUCAUCAUCGGCAGCAACCGGUAGUCAUCAUCGAUCCAGGCAUAAACAUUCAAAAUCAUCACGUCAUCAUCAUACUACUCAUAAUACUAUGGAUAAUAAUGAUGUCGGUGUCAUAAAAAGAAAUGAUUCAUUUUCUGAUUGUUCUUGUCAUUUACAUGAAACUGAGAAAAAGUUGAGAAAACAUCAAAAUCAUCAUCAUAGUCAUAGUCGGAGAUUAUCUCGACAGGGUAAUAAUACUGUAACUAGUCGUUCAAACAGUGUAAAUGACGGAAGUUCACACUUAGAAUUUUGUGCAGCAUUAAAUGAUAUUAAUGGUAAUGAUGAUAGAAGCCCAAGUGGUAGUUCAUCUCUAUCAAGUCAUGGUUUAGAAUUUCUAUCAAGUCAUUCAUCAUCAUCGUCAUCAUCAUCAUUAUCUAGAACAUUAGCUACAUCGUCAUCAUCAUCAUCGUCUUCUACAUCAUCAUCAUUUACUGAUUUAAAUUCUCAUUGUCAUCAUCAUCAUCAACAACUUCGUCGUCAUCAUUCACAUUCUAAUUCUCAUUGUCAUAAAGAUCAUGAUAAUAAUGAUGAUAUGCAAAGUUUAAGUUCAUCAUUCACUUCAUCUACUACAAGUACUUGUUCAACUGCUUUAGAAGUUAAUGUAAUCAAAUGUAAUAAUUCACAACAACAUCAACAAAAUGGAUUAAUUAUUAAAGAUUCUACUGAUCCCAUAACAACAGAUCAUAAUCGUUUAAAACGAUUUGAUCUUAUAAAUAAUAAAUCAAAUCGUUUAAACCAACAAUUAAAAAAAAAUUAUGAUUAUUGUUCUGAAAAUUAUCAAACUAUUCAAUGUGUUAAUAAUGAUAAUAAUAUUGGAACCGAUUCUACUAAUAUUGAAAGAGAGGAUCAACGUAGUUCUCAUCGACACAGUCGUAAACAUCAUCGUCGUCAUUGUCGAUAUCGUAAACACCAUGGACAUCAUAAACGUCAUGGUGAAUCUAAUCAGGAAAUCUCCGGAACAACUAAUCUUACCGGUGAAUCAUUAGGAUCGUCUUCUAGUACGACUAAUAAUUGUAAUUCUGGAAUUUCUGAAGCAUCUUCAUCAUCUUCUGGACUAACGACAGUCUCUUGUCAUCGUCGACGUUCAAGAACACGAAGUAUAACAGAUGAAGAUUGUACAACUUCCGGUUCACGAAGAAGUAGUCCCUUACCACCAGCUCCAACAAUAUUGUGUAAUGUAGGCCAACAAACUGAUGAGUUGAGUUUAUUGAAAGUAGCUGGUCUUACAAUAUCGUCUAAAACUGGUGCUAAUUCUGAGUCAGCGAAUAAUAAUAACAAUAAUAUCACGAGUAAUAACGAAAAUCGUAAAUCUUAUUUAGAUUCUGAAGGUGAAUGGGAGGAAGUUGAAUGUAAUGAAUCAGGUUGUGAAGAAUGUCAAAAUUCAAUUCACACUACAACAACAACGGCUACUACUUCUGAUAAAAGUAUUAGUAGUCAUGGAAAUAACCAAUCGAAACAUUUAACAACUACAUCACCUCCUAUCCUUUCUUCACCUUCUUCUCAUCCAACUAUUAUUUUACAAAAUAGAAUAAAUCAAUUACAUUCAACAUCAUCGAAUAAUUUCAAUCCAUUAUGUGUAACAUUAAAUAACCAACAACAACCAUUGUAUAAUCUAUCAACUCCCCCGACUAAUUCAUCAUUAUCGAUGAUCAAUAGUAAACAACAAUCGAAUUCAAAUAAUUCAUCGUUAGGUUCAUCGAAAACAUCACGAUCUGCUGGUGGAUUUAGUAGCAGUGGUGGGAGUACUGGUUUAGCAAAUUUAUCAUCGCCACCACCACCACCUCUACCUCCUCCAUCAUCUUUGUCGACCAACAAUCCUAUUACUACCAUCACAACAACUACUACGAAUAAUAGUAAUAAUGAUAAUCAUCAUUCGAAUGUAACUUCUAUGCCAUUAAAACAAUACAAACAAUCACAGUUAUCAGGAAUGAAACAACAAUAUAUCGGUAUGAUGAUCAACAAUAAUCAAACGAAAUUUAAUUCAGAAGAAUAUACUGGUCAACAUAGUGAACCAGAAGUUGAUGCACAUUUAAACAUUGGAUCAAUGAUAAAUCGUCAAAUAAAUGAACAACAAAAUUUAGUGAAUAAAUUACAAACUGAUUCUAAUCAUCAUCAUCAUCACCAUCUUCAUCAUCAACAACCACAACAACAACAACAUUAUAAUCCAUUUUAUCUACCAUCAAAGUCAUCUGUAAAACAUUCAUAUACUCAAUCAUCAGAAUCACAAUCUCAAUUAAAUAACUUACUAUUACAUCAACAACAAGUCAAGUCAUCAAUUCAAAAUAAUAAUAAGCCUAAUUCUUUACAAUUAUUCACUUCACCUGAAAUAAUUCAUAGAGGUGUUAAUAAUAUGACAAACAACAGAUCUGUGUAUGACUCAAGUCUUCAAAUGAUGGAUAAUAAUAACAAUAAUACUCAUAAUAAUAUACAAGGUAACUUGGAGUUAUACUAUCAACAUCCAUAUGAAGAUGUUGCUACAGAUGAUUAUGCUGAAACUAAUAGUCAAUUAAAUUGUCCAUCUCUACAACAAAAUCAAUCUUUUAACCAAUCACUUUUAUCUCACUAUCCACAAAAACAGUUUCAAUCGUAUUUAUCACCAACUGAACCAUCACUACCACCAACAUUAACACCUACACAACAACAUAUAUAUCAUCAACAUGAUAGUUGUGGUCCAUUAUUAUUACCGCCAAUAUCUACUAGUUCUCUGUUGUACAAUAAUGAAGUGAACAAUCAAUUCGGUUAUUCAAGAACGGCAACAUUGGAUGAAGAUGAUAAAUUAAGUUUAGAUGAAGAUAGUGAAAUGAUGCACUUUGCAAAUUCACAAACGAAUAAUAAUAAUAAUUCAGUUGAUAUUACUAUGACGACAACAACAACGACUACUAUUACUACCACUGCUACUAAUAUUAGUAAUGGUAAUAAUACUAAUAAUACUCACUUGAGUAGUAUGUUUAAUCCAUAUACUGUUGCGUUUAUCAAUAAUAGUCCAUCAAAUUAUAUUCAAUCGAAUCCAUCACACCAUACUACUUUAUCGCACUUUAAUCCAUCAUAUUCUGUUUGGAAUACUAAUGAUUCAGUUCAUCAUCAUCAUCAUAUGAAUAAUAAUAAUAUUAACAACAAAUAUAGAAUAAAUGAUAAUCCGACAAUCAUUUGUCCUAGUAAUCAAAUGAAUAGUGCCAACGAUGGUGUUGUUGGUAUUACAGGUUCCAGUAGAAUUACACAUCCUCUAUUAAAUGAUGUUGAUGAUGUAGGCAGCGAUUUUAGUCUGUCUGCUUUUCGUCGUAACGAUGAUAUUUGUGGCCCUUCAUCGUUAUCAAAUCGAAUGCUCAAUAAUAACAAUGGUAAUAAUAAUGAUCUCAUUAUGAAUAAACUCUUACCAUCAUCACAAACCACACAAUUACAACAUAAUAAUUAUCAGAUAAUUCAACAACAAUCCACGGAACAUCAUAGUUCUAGUGAUAUUGCUGGCAUGAUGGAUGUUCGUAGUAAUGAUGGAACAUGUGAUGAAUCGGAUGCUAGUUCACUACCGGAACAAGGCUGUGAUUUAAUGCAUUUAGCUCAAUUACGUAUAUCAGCUAGACCGAAUCCAUUAUUAAACGAUUUAGCAAAACAACAGGUAAUGUUUUCUAAUGUGGAAAACCUGCUUUUUUCUUUGUUUCCGUUUAGUUUAAUCGAUUAAACACGUAUACAUAUUUAUUGCAAUUAUGGCAGGGGAUGUUACCUUAAACCAGCCGUGUAAUUUUGAAAAUUAUAUCGUGGAUCGACGCCAGUUAGAGAACCAUUAAAGAUCGUGAAACGUUGGAGAGCUAUUUCAUUUUAGUAUGGGGCUCCUCUGUAAUGUGUAUCCACGACCUCAUAUGGAAUCAAACUUUCGUGUCCCGUAGAAAGCACUGGGUUUGUAAACGAUUGGAUUCGCACUCAGUGGCAUAAGGGUCAAGUGCUCACCACUAAGCCGGGCGAUGGUCUUUGGUUCGAUCCCCGAUGGGAUCUCGUAUGAACAUUACCAUUUUUUAACUUAAUAAUAUUUAUUGUUAAGUGAUCAAAAGAAAAACUUGAGUCCUACGGAACAUCAAUCGCACCUUGAACAGCUCAGUAAUAACGUCCUAAACUGUGGAGCCAAUUGAUCCGAGUUUUCAUCCAUCAAAGAGCGUCAUUUAUAUCGAAUUUACAAUUACACAGGUUUUCCGAUCGACUACCUCUAACCAAGGUACACGUGAUAUCGAGUUACUUUGACUAUUAGUUACCAUAUCACAGGUUAACCGAAAGAAUCCAAUUAGUAUUAAGUUGUACUAAACAAUAAUGAUGUUUAUCACCUAAUGUUACCUAUCACUACCUCUUCCACUACGGGAUUUGAAUCGAUAACUGAAUCUCUGUGCUAAUGUGGUAUGGUAACUCGAACUGAUGUACGUACGUACGAAGUUCCACGUUGUUACUGACUGACUUUAUCACCUACUACUUAGUAAUCAAUUAAUUGUAAUGAGUAUUCACUCUUUUAUUCGUUUUAUUUUAAAACAGGUACAAAGAAACAACAAGUAGACAGUAAUACUCUCUAUCUGUCUGUCUGUCUCUCUCUCUACGUGUGUAUCUAUGAUUUUUUAGCAUAAUUCGUUUGACAAUAAUAAUAAUAAUGCAACGAGAUAGCGACUACCACUACUACCAACAUCAAUGAUCUUUUCGGAAUUUAAUCUAGAAGCUGAAUAAAAGUGAAUACUCUUUUUACUUCCAUACACCAACUUGUGCAUUAUACACAUGAUCUCUCUCUCUCUCUGUCUUUAGGAGGUAAUAAAAUGGUACUCUUUUUUUUUUCUAAACAAUAAAUCAAUAGACAUGUUUUGUCUUUUUGUUUUUCUAUGUGUGAUGUUGUUGUCUGUGACUGAAUUUGAAUCUUCUUCUCUUUUUUUUGCCUUAUAAUAUAACAUUGUAACUAUGGUUGUUUAUAUCUAUCCAUAUAAGAAAUACAGAUUUAUUAUAGGGAUUAUUCAUUUCUAUAUUUAUAAUGAGUUUCUAUGUGUAUUUCGAUAGUUGGUUUCUCGUUUGUUUGUUUGUUUGUUUUUUUUGUACAGUUUUUUUAUACGUAAUUUCCUUUCUUUUUUUUAUACAUGAAAAAUGUUUCUUUUAACCAAUUUAUAUACUUUCAUUUAUAUAUAUCUGUAUACAUAUAAUCUAUGAACUUAUUGUUAACUGAUGAUAGGCUAUAAUUCUCUCCAUUAGCCUUAAUUAUUAGUUUCUAUAUUGAAUGAAGAUUCAUUUCUUUUCUUUAUAUCUAGUCUUCUUCUUCUUCUUCGGUUUUUCUCGUUUCAUUGGGGGUUUCUUUUUGUUACUCACUUCUUUGAAAUAAGAAAGUGAAUUGGUUAAAUUGACCAUUGAAUAAUCAUAACAACAUAAACGGUUUAUGUGUGUGUGUGUGUGUGUAUGUACGCACAUACGUACGCUCACUCACUCACUCACUUCUUCGUUCCUUUCAAACAUAAAACAGACACUGAAAUCGAAGGAGAAAAGAGAAAAAAUAAACUAACUACAAAUAGCAAUACUGUUUUUUUUUAUUAUUAUUAUUAUUUCAAUUAUCCAGUUGGGGGGUGGUUGUUUUUCUUCUUCUUAGACAAAACAAUUCAACAUUAAUAUUCUCUUUUAUUGAAACUUUUUGAACUUGUUCAAUUUUUUUUUUAACUAUUAGAAUAAUUCAUAAAAAGAGAAUUUGUAUUUUAUUUAAUUCAUAAAUUAUGAAAUCCAUGAGCGGGGAGGGGAGUAAGGAUGUCCCCCCUUUUUUUUACUUUAGGACAACACUAUCAAUUUUAUUAUAAAACAAAGAAUUAUUAUCGAUUGAUUAUUGUUGCUAUGUCAAUGAAUUGUUUCUAUGUAAAUGAAUGAAUGCAUUUCAAUUGUGCAUUUGAUCAAUGUUAUAUUCUUUAUUAUUAUUAUUAUUAUUUUAAUUCUUAGCCUUGAUAUUUGUUUUUAUGAAUCAUUUUAUUGUUUGUAUUAUACAUGAUUGUUUUGUCAAUUUUUUUGAAAUUUUAAUAAUUUAGGAAAAGUUUUAUUGUUCAUUUAAAUGAAAAUGAAAAGAGGGUUUUUCUUUAUGUAAACACCUUUCUAUACAAUUUCUCUUUAUAUAUAUUUACAUACAAUAAAUGAAUAUACUAUUUGAUGAUAAUUGAGAGAAUUAUAUUCAGUUUUUUGUUAUUGCAUGUCGUAUACUCUAUGGUGUAAAACCAUCUACAAAUCAAUAAAGGUAUAAAUUCACUGAUGUAUAAACAAAAAUAGGUAGUGGCUAAUAGUAGA